AUGUGUAGCUUGAGUUUCUGCAGGAUGGAGGUUCAUCACGGGAUCAGGAAUGCGAGACUUCAAGGGGACUACAGUGAUUAUGCACUGACCGAACCUUGUCCUUUGAGGUCUACUGAUGAUCCUUCGGGGUCUAAAGACGUUCCAGGGAGAGCUUUGGUCACAUGGACCAACAACAGGCGAAAGCAGGCAAAACGGGCGAGAAGGAGCUCGAUCGAACCACUACGAGCUCGAUCGACCCUGUACAACACCAGCUCGAUCGACCUUAUGAGACGAGCUGAGUCGAUCGAACCACAUCACUCCGUACCGAAGCUCGAUCGACCCCAUCACGUGUACCAGCUCGAUCGAUCUGUUCAGAACACUCGAUCGAUCCCAUGCGCGCCAUGCAUCAUCGAUCUCAGCCGUCGAUCAUCGCAUCGAUGA